UUCUGUAGGCUUCGUCCUCUCGUAUCAGGUAACUAUUUGCUCAGGCGGUCGGCCGGCGCUAAGUGUUAUAAUUAAUGGAUUUUUCAGCUGGCGUAGUGUGAUUUUAAUAUUGUUCAAUUGUUCGGUUGUUUGCUUAUCAUGUGACGGACUUUUAUAUUAAUUGUGAAACUAGGAUGGCAAUUGUCAGUUCGAAUUUCGUCAUGUUAUUUAUGUGAUCACUCCUGUUGCUGAAGGUGGACAGUGAGGUGACUGUUGUGACGACGGAAGCGAUUCUAUGCACACGAAAUGGGUGCCCACAUCAUGCGCAUGCCCGUCUAUCUAGUGUGCGCAGCGGCCCUCGUCGCGGUCAAAGGCGAAGAAGGCACCAACUACUUCGGCAGACAGCUGGAACCGGUGGACGUCGCCGCCGAUCAAGAGACCAUCAGCUACCUCCUGCCCAAGUUGGCCGCCAAAUACCGGCCGAGCAACGACUGGAGCGGCGUUACCGACCCCCGAUUCUACGUGCUCACCGAGAUGGAGUCCAACGACAUCGAUAACCAGAUAACGAAGCCCAAGAAAAUCAGGAACAAGAGGUACAACUACGACCUGAACAGGCCCAGUCUGUCGAUCCAGGCCCCCAUCCAGAGCCUGAGGAACGCCUACGCCAAGGAGAAGCUCCGACAGAGGCUGGAGGACAACAGGAGAUUCCUAGCGAACCUGGUGGACAUCCAAUAAACACAGCCCCUAACCGUUCCCCAAGCGAUCGUCGCCGAGCUCAUGACUUCCAGCCCAACUCUCUAUGAGUUCGACGACGUCGCCGCCCCCACCCCUUAACUCAAAAUAGAUCUGAUUAGUUAGACCAGCAUUUAAAAAAAAUUAAUAUGUUUGUAAGUUUACCGAACAUAUAGUGAUAAUUCUAAAAUACGUGUUCUAGCUAGGCACAUUCCAUUCUGAUUCUAGUCAUUUUAUUUGCUGAGCAGCAUUUUCUCUUAAUAUUAUGUGAACAGUAUGUACUUCAGUAUUGUCUUUUGUACCUUAUUUAGUUAUUUAUUUGGAGCCUGAUUCGGUUUUUUAUUAUUGUAUUA